GUCCGGGCUGCGGAUCUGGAGCCUCAGGCCACUAUGAGUUUCCGCGGUCAGGGCCAGCGGUCCUGAGGCUGGGACGGCGUGGGGUGAGCUCGCGCGGCUCCCUGCCAGUCCCCGGAGAAGGCCUUUGAAGUGAAGCGAGUCGUUGCUCCGUCUCCAAAAUCGGGGUUCUGUCUCCGGCUUCUGGGGACUUGGCUUCUCCAGUAAAUGAUCCACGAGAAAAACUGACCAGUUCUUGCAAGUCUGAAAUCAUGGCUCAUGAUUUGGUCCUGUUCAGAGAUGUGGCUGUACACUUCUCUCAGGAGGAGUGGGAGUGCCUGGAUUCCACUCAGAGGGAUUUGUACAAAGAUGUGACCUUGGAGAACUACAGCAACUUGGUGUCACUGGCAGGAUGUUCCAUUUCUAAGCCAGAUGUAAUUACCCUACUGGAGCAAGGGAAAGAACCCUGGAUGGGCGUGAGGAACGAGAAAAGAAGCUGGAGCCUAGAUUUGGAGCCCAGGAAUAACUCAAAAAAUUUAUGUAAAGGAAAAGGUAUCUGUGAAAUAAGUUUAUCUCAGUGGGAGAUAAUGGAAAGAAUUAGAAGACGUGGCUUUGAAGAUUCCUUUUUCAGCAAAGAUUAUGUAUAUAAAAAGUUAGUGGGACAAGGAGGUCCCCAAAAGGGGUAUUUCAGAGAAGUGAAAAAAGCCACCUCUGAAAAAAUGUCUACUUACAGAAAACUCAAACCAAUUACUCUCUAUCAGAGAAUUCAUAAUAGAGAGAAGCCGUAUGAAUGUGGGGAGUGUGGGAAGGCUUUCCGGGUGCGCCAGCAACUUACUUUCCAUCAGAGAAUUCAUACUGGUGAGAAACCCUAUGAAUGUAAGGAGUGUGGAAAAGCUUUUAGGCAGAGUGCCCACCUUAGUCGACAUCAGAGAAUUCACACUUCGGACAAACUCUGUGAAUGUAAAAAAUGUGGAAAGAUCUUUACAUGCGGGGCAGAUCUUCGAGCACAUCAAAGAAUUCAUAUUGGUGAGAAGCCCUAUGAGUGUAAGGAGUGUGGAAAGGCAUUUCGAGUUCGAGGACAGCUUAAUCUCCAUCAAAGAAUUCACACUGGUGAGAAACCCUAUGAAUGCAAGGAGUGUGGGAAAACCUUUAGACAGUAUGCACACCUCACUCGCCAUCAGAGACUGAAUAUUGCUGAGAAGUGCUAUGAAUGCAAGGAAUGUGGACAGGCUUUUCUGUGCAGUACAGGCCUUAGAAUACAUCACAAACUUCAUACUGGUGAGAAACCCUACCAGUGUAAGGAGUGCGGGAAGGCCUUCAGAGUGCGGCAACAGCUGACUCUUCAUCAGAGGAUUCACACUGGAGAGAAGCCCUAUGACUGUAAGGAGUGUGGGAAGACCUUCAGUCGGGCCUAUCACCUAACUCUCCAUCAGAGAAUUCACACGGGCGAGAAGCCUUAUGAAUGUAAAGAAUGUCAGAAGUUCUUUCGUCGUUACUCAGAACUCAUCUCACAUCAGGGUAUUCAUAUUGGAGAGAAACCUUAUGAUUGUAAGGAAUGUGGGAAAGCCUUUAGACUCUUCUCACAACUUACUCAACAUCAGAGUAUCCAUUUUGGGGAGAAACCUUACAAAUGUAAGGACUGUGAGAAGACUUUUAGACUGCUCUCUCAACUUACUCAACAUCAAAGUAUUCACACUGGUGAGAAACCCUAUGAUUGUAAAGAAUGUGGAAAGGCCUUCAGACUUCAUUCCUCACUUAUUCAACAUCAGAGAAUCCAUUCUGGUGAGAAACCAUAUGAAUGUAAGGAGUGUAAGAAGGCCUUCAGGCAGCAUUCCCACCUAACCUACCAUCAGCGAGUGCACAGUGUAACUAAAUAAUCCUUAGAAAACUUUCCAUUGUGAAUUUUGUGUUUAUAGACAAUAAAUUCUAGAGAAGUUUCUGAUGGUAGGAUUCACUUUUGUUUCAUGCACGUGAUGAACUUAUUUCAGUGAGAGAAUAUGUUACUUGUAUGCAUUUGUGGAAGUCUUUCAUCCUCAUUUCCAUUCAACCCACAUUAAACUUUAGGACACUUGUUUUAGGAAGAAACACUUAAAGUAGUGAAUGGGAACACUCUCACUCUUAACCAUUAAUAUAUAAGGGAGAAAUUUUGAAUAUUUUCAGACUCCCAACAAACCUACCAGGUCGUACCAACAUGGGAAUGUUUCAAGGAGCAGGAAACCUGGGAUGCCAGUGUUACAUAAUAUUUAAAAAGUUAUGUCAAUAGGUGUGAUAAUUGCGCUGCAGUUAUUAAAAAUGUAUGUUAGAGAGGAAUUGUGACGUUUAUAUACUAAUGAUUAGAUACAACGUAGGAGUUUCCUUUAAAAUGCUCAUGUGAAAAAGAAAUGCGGCUGGAUAGCUUAAGUUUGUCAAAAUGAUGGAAAGAUAAGGCGUGGGUAUGUGGUUUGUUUUGUUUUUGCUGUUAAACCUACUUCUGUGUAUUUGAAAUUUUUCCUUAUUUCUUUUAAAGAUAAAAUUAGUACGAAAUUAUAAUCAGUUUGAAGUGUUUUUUAAAUAUCUACAUGUCAACAACCCUUCACAGUGAGAUAGUAAAGAUGCUCUAUUUUAUUUGUGAAAUUAUGAUUGAGGAUCUAGAUUUUAUCAGCUCACCUAUUGCUACAUCUAUUAUAGAGUCAGUCACAAAGCACUGAAAUGGUAAAUGAAUGAGUAAAUACAAAUAAAACAAUUGCUACAACGACAUGAAAGCAGAUGGGGCCACCUCCAUUGUCUAAGAAGAGGUGGCUAGCACGAUGUUGAGCCUUUGAACUUGAGCUA